AUGGACUGUUUGGAGGUUAAAGUUGAAAACCCAGAGGAUGAACAGUUGGAGGCCCUCUUUAUCGUAGAGGAGGGGGACGACUUUGAGCAUGUUGUAAACAACACUGAGAAAGGAAAAGGAGCGCAGAGAAGCGAUGAAGACGACAGGGAAGAUGUGGGCGAGAUCACAGACACCGUAGAGGAAGACAGAAUCGAGAAGAACAAUAAAAAGGAUGAUAAAAACAGUGGCGAGGAGGCAGAGAGCUUGGUAAAGAAGAUGGAUGAGGAGAUUACGGACACCGAAGAGAGGACGACGGAGGAAUGCAGUGAUAAAACCGGGGAAUCGGGCAGAGAGGUUGAAAAGGAGAAGAGAGAGGAGGAGAGGGAGUCAGAGAGACAGGAUGAACAUGAAGUCAAAGAGGGAUCAGAGGAGGUAGAGGCGCCAGGGGAGCGGACAGAAGGAAGAACAGUCAAAAAGAUGGACAUAAAGAACCAAGACACAUUAACUGCCCAAGACACAGAAUCAUCCGUUAAACUCCGACCUAAAGAUAGGCUGAGUCCUGAGGAUGCACAGACAAAGGUCCACAGGGUGUCCCCAGAAUUCUCGGAUGCGUUCUGUGACCUGCUGUACACCCUGCAGGAGGGAAGGCGGCUGAACGACCAAAGAUGCUCCUUCAGGAUGGAGGCGCGUAGGAGAUGCUACUCCGAGCCCAGCACUCCUCGACACAGCCAGAGAGUGGUUUUCUCCUCGAUGACCUCGCUCCAGAAGGAGGAGUUCUUUGACCUAGUGGCCACCUCCCAGGCUCGUCGCCUGGACGACCAGAGAGCAGAACUCCAGAGCGUUCCAUCUGCGUCUCCUCCUCCCCAGCCCAAAGUCAAGCAGCGGAGGAGCAGCUGCAAGGAGUCAGAGGUUAAGAAAGCUGUUCCAACUGCUCCUCCAAAAGAGGAUCUAUACAACAUGAUCCUCACCUCCCAAGCCCAGGGAAGACUAGAGGAACAGCGGAGCGUCCCUCCAGGGCCAAUGGACGAUGAGGAUUUUUUCUCUCUCUUGUUGAGGGUCCAGGGAGGAAGAAUGGACGAGCAGAGGACUGAACUCCCAGUAGCACUUAAGUACUGAACGAGACGAAAGUCAUAGAGUGGUUUUUGCUUAAGACAGAUUGAUUUAAAUAGUUGAAGUUCUGUGAAAUAGUUAAAUAGCCACUGUAAUGUGUUCUUUUUCUUUUCUUUUCUUUUUUUUUUAGGAGAAUUUUAAGGCAAGUUUUUGUCAU